ACCGGAAUCGGAGGCCCGGAGUUGGUCAUAAUGGCAGGUGAAGCAAUUAAUGAAGACUAUCCAGUAGAAAUUCAUGAGUAUUUAUCAACGUUUGAGAAUUCCAUUGGUGCUGUGGAUGAGAUGCUGAAGACCAUGAUGUCCGUUUCUAGAAAUGAGUUGUUGCAGAAGUUGGACCCACUUGAACAAGCAAAAGUGGAUUUAGUUUCUGCAUACACAUUAAAUUCCAUGUUUUGGGUUUAUUUGGCAACUCAAGGAGUUAAUCCUAAGGAACAUCCAGUAAAGCAGGAAUUGGAAAGAAUCAGAGUAUACAUGAACAGAGUCAAGGAAAUAACAGAUAAGAAAAAGGCUGGCAAGCUCGACCGAGGUGCAGCUUCAAGAUUUGUAAAAAAUGCCCUCUGGGAACCCAAACCCAAAAAUGCAUCAAAAAUUGCCAAUAAAGGAAAAAGUAAAACUUAGCUUUUUGGUUUUGGCACACAUAUAUUCAAAAAGUAUAUCAUUUUUAUUGUUUUCUCAAAAGAUGAUUAUGUGGCAAUGCAAGGUUUAAAUGUAUUCCUUACUGAAUGCAUAUAUAAAUUUACACUUUAAAUUUGUAAUGCUUAGUACUUAUUUUCCCCAGAAAGAUUAAGUUAUCUUUAUUGAUUUCUCUAUACAACACUGAGGUUUUUAACAUUGUCAUAUAUUUUAUGUUUAUAGUUUACUGUCUCUUUUGAUGAGACUCUUACUUCCAUAUGUAGGUCAAUCUUGCAAAUACCAGUUUAUAAGCAAUUGUGAAAUUUAAGUUAAAUGUUCUUUGUAAACAUUUAUACUAUUUUAAGAGAAUAAUGACCUUAUGCAGUAUGCUAUCUGUAGACUUAAGUUAUAAGUACAUCUGUUUUCACUAUAUGAUAUUAAGAAAGAAUGAAAUAACUUAAAUGUUAAUUUUUUUCUGUGUAGUUACUUUAUCAUGUUUUCAUGAUUUUAGGAAUUACCGUUUUUUUGAUAUUCAAAGUAUGAAAUUAAAACUUUAAGGUUGUACUUUUAACUCUUGGAACACUUCCUCUGUGUCUCAUUUAAAAUAAAAUAUAUUCUCAUUAACUUUAGAUGGGAAAUAAGGUUGUAUGUUGAUGCCUGAAUUUUGGCAUAAUGGCUAUACCCUCUCAAUAAAAGCUGUAAAUGUUGCAUAGCUAAA